UACUAAUCUUCACCAGAGACGCAAGCGAACCCAUUCAAACUCCGCCCAACGCCUUGAUUGAGGUGAAGCUCAGCUCAGCUCGUUUCCGGCGAAGACGCCAAACUCCGGUAACAAGAGAUGUCCAGCGAAAGCGUAAACAUUCUCGCCGUUCCCUUCCCGGUGCAAGGCCGCCUGAACCCAAUGGUCCAGUUCUGCACACACUUAGCCACCAAAGGCGGCGUGAAGGUCACACUCGUCCUCACGGAAAGCGCAAGCAAAUCCCUCCAAAUUCCGACCGGCACCGCCUCCUUGAUCGAGGUGGAGCUCAUUCCCGACGUCAUCCCCGAAGGCGGCGGCGCCGACACGCCGCAGAACACGGAGACAACUUUUGCUCAGUUCCAAGCAACUUUUUCCCAGGGCUUACCACAGGUUAUCGAGAAGCAAAAAGCGUCAGGUGGAAUAACACCCAAAGUGGUUUUGUAUGAUUCGAUUCUGCCAUGGAUUCUGGGGUUGGCAAAAGGAUUUGGGUUACAGGGCGCUGCGCUGUUCACUCAACCUUGCUGCGUCUGCGCCGUUUACUAUCAUAUAUUCCACGGCGACGUGGAAAUCCCGUCGGAAAAUUCGCCAAACGCCGGCGUGCUGUCUUUCCCGGCCAUGCCGCUCAUGGGGACCAAUGAUUUGCCUUGCAACUUCAACGAUGAUUCUCAGCAGGUUCAGUCUCUCCUUACCAAUCAGUUCUUGAACAUCGAUCAAGUGGAUUGGAUCUUCUUCAAUAGUUUCGACAAGUUGGAAGAAAAGAUACUGAAAUGGAUGAGAAGCAAAUGGGCAGUAAAAACCAUAGGACCAUUGGUUCCUUCAAUGUACCUUAAAGACAGCAAAGAAGAAGACCACAGAAUCAGCUUCUUCAAGCCCCACUCACAAGCCUGCAUGGAUUGGCUAAGUAUGAGGCAGUCCAACUCGGUGGUCUACGUAUCAUUUGGCAGCAUCGCCAGCCUAACACAACAACAAAUGGCAGAAAUCGCAACCGCAUUGGCUCAGAGCAACCACUACUUCUUGUGGGUCGUCAGGGAAUCCGAAGAAACCAAGCUCCCUAAAGAUUUCAAGUCCAAGAUAUCAGAAAAAGGUCUGGUCGUGAAAUGGUGUCCUCAGCUCCAGGUUCUGUCCCACGGGGCAAUCGCGUGUUUCAUGACACACUGUGGAUGGAACUCGGCCCUGGAAGCGCUCACGCUCGGGGUGCCGAUGAUAGUGGUGCCUCAAUGGGCUGAUCAGCCGAUGAACGCCAAGUAUGUUGUGGAUGUAUGGGAGAUAGGAGUGAGGCCAAAAGCUAACCAAAAGGGAAUUGUAACGAAAAUAGAAAUACAAGCUUGCAUACAUGAAGUAAUGGAAGAAGAGAAAGGGAAAAGGCUAAAGAGAAAUGCUGUGAAGUGGAAGGGAUUAGCAGAGGAGGCGUUGCUUGAAGGUGGAAGCUCCCACAGUACCAUAGAGCACUUUAUCUCACACCUUUCAUCCAUUUGAGAACUCCCUAUAACCAGUAUUUAGUGAUAAAUUGAAUUCUAUAAUUACCCUAUAACUCAGGGACGAAAAGUGUAAUUUUCUCAUAUUAUAAGUCAUAAAAGUUUCAUUUA